CAAAAAAGUCUGCUAAAAACUACAUCUACAAUUUGUGGAACAACUUCAGUAUAAUGUUCGUCAACAUAAAAUUGAGAAGACUAUGAAUAUCUCAUCAUCUACUAGAAUUUUUUUUUUUUCAAUCGUCCAAGGAGACAAUAGUAUUCAGAAUUUCUCUCACAUAAUACAAGGGAAUUAUUUCUGUAUCGUGGACAUGAGGAUGUGUAUUAUAAAUGCAUAAUGUUCUUACAGUGUUGCUUCUUAUCUUCAACAAGUGAGACAGAGGUGCAAAAAAGUGAGAGAGAUUGUGGCGUAGCUAAAAAUACAACUGUUGGCUAAGACACCUUUAGUGUGUCACUGAAGGUGAGAGAGUUCAGGACGUUCGUCCGUCUGUCAAGCACAAACACAAGCUUGAGAACGCCGGGGCACAAACCACGCAGGAAACUGUGAUGACUGAUUAGAUAAAUCAAAAGAAAGUGACUUGUGGUGUCUUAGAAGAGGCCUUUUACACCCCGUUAUGGCAAAGUUCCAUGGACCAAGGUUUUUAUUCCUGAUCCUGGCAGGAUUAGUGUUAUGUACUGCAGAUGACAAAAAUGGACCAGAGACAUCCCCCAAGUGCAGCUACACCCUCGAAGAAGAAAACGAUACUGUGACAGUGAACAUUGACAAGAAUGACUCAGCAGUCAAAUACAAGAUUAAAUUCACAGACACAUCAGAUGGAAGCAGUACAAAAACAUGGCCAGAAGAGUCUUUCCCAAUAUCACUUAAAUCAUUUAAGCCUUGCCAAAAUUACGCUGUCACUCUUACUCCUUCCUGUAAACCCACGACUGGAUUUUUUAAAACAAGCGAAUUAGUUGACUCAGAUGUAAGCCACAUGUUGAAGAUAACUGGGGCAAAAGUACAAGUGUGUUUUGAGACCAAAUGGGAUUUGAGUAAAUGUAUUGAUCUCGAUACCAGUAUCUCCUGCACUGGCUAUAGCGUGACUUUCAACGGAGAUCCCUGCAAGAAAUCUAUCCCUUUCACACUUCCCCCAGUAAAGCCUGUUAUUAAGUAUACAAACGAGUUCCCUACGAAAUUACGUUGGGACAAUCAGCCUUCAAACUGCCUAAAAGACCUCACAUACAACUGCAAUGGUUUGACAGUUGCAGAUUUUGAAGAUUUGAAACCUUUUCAUGAUUAUGAAUGCACUGGGACAUAUGAUUAUGAGAGUGGAACAAUUACAAGUGAUCCCAUCCGAGUUAAGAUUGAUUGUGAUAUAGUGAAUGAGCCCAGUCUCUCUGUAAGUCAUAAUAGCAUUCAUGCAUCCUGGCAAUUGGAUAGCAAGAACUGUCCAUCGAUUACCACAGACUUCACCUGGAAAGUAACAUGUAAAAAUGGUUCCACCAGCUCUUUAAAAGGGCACUGUACCAAGAACUCCUGUGAAUUUUCUCAUUUGAAAAGUUUUACGGUAUAUACUUGUGAGUUUGAAGCGGCUUAUGAAAACAAACCAUUUCACACCACUACCAAAACUACAAAAACCUGGCCUGGACAACCGUCUUACACAAAAAGUCCAACAAAAAAAGUGGAAAGCCGUAAUGCUUUCAAAGUGAGCUGUUCAAUCGACAAUUGGAAUGGUGAUCCGGGAAAGAUCUUCGCAGAGCUCUACAUUAAUGAUCAUCUGGAAGAGAAUAAAACAGACUGCAAUGGAAAAAGUUGUGAUUUUCAUUUCACAAACCUCUACUACUCAACACAAUAUAAAAUUAAGGUGUAUGCCCAAAAUGGUAAUGGGAACAGAACAGUUAUGCUUGAUAUGGAUCAUUCCAGUAAAUAUGUUGCGGAUGACACAACUGGAUCAGGAUUGGUUGUCCUGCUGCUGUCAGUCACCGGUGUGUGUCUUUUACUGGCUGGACUGUGUCUCUACGCGUGUAUCAAUGCUGAUGAGGUUUACACAGAGGUGAUGUACACACUCUCCACUCAUCAGUUCUCAGAGGAAACAAAGCUCCUUUCAACUUCCUCUGAAUGAUGGACACUGAACCCCUUCUCUUCUGUCACACACCUCUCAGUUUAAAGUCUGAACUAAUUGAAGUCUUAUUUGUUCAAUAACAGAAAUGUUCCUAACAAUUAAUUUACAUUUUACAUUUACAUUUACAUUUAUGCACUUAGCAGACGCUUUUAUCUAAAGUGACUUACAAAUGAGAAAGAUACAAGCAAAAAUGAGAAAGAUACAAGCAAAUUUGAUUUGAUUUAAUUUGAUUCUCUUGAAUGCUUAUCAUUUGAAAUAGAAACUGUUCAUCACUUAUAUUUACACUGAGCUUCUGAAAAACUAUUUAAAAGUUGAAAUUUAUAUGUACAAUAAAUAAUUUUUUUAUCAGAGGUGCAGCUUAAAUCAUUUGAAUCUUGCUUCUUAUACAACCCAGCUGUGUGGAUUAUUUAAAAAUGUUUUAAAUCCAAUGUCAGCUCAUAGCUGCAUUUAUUUUUUACAAAAUACUGUUGUAGUGUUAAUUACAGUUGUUGAGUUACAGUUAUUUUAUAUGUCUUAAUAAUGAAUCCGGUAUUAGGCAAUCAGAUGUGGCUACGUCAUCAUACCGGAACUAGUUGACUGUGUUGUUAUGUUCUUUAAGGCAGUAUGCUCGUAGGCUCCGGUGUGGAUGGUCGUUAACAAAUCCAUCAGCACUGGGCAAGAGCAUAACUCCGUUGUUGUAAGUUCGUGCUUAAUAAGUAAG